AUGGGCGCGGAGGCGCGGGACCUCAGCGCGCUGCUGCCCCCCUCGCUGGCGGGCGGCGGCGGCCCCAUGGCGGCGAGCGGCGCCGCGCAGUGGGCGCCCGUCCUCGACUUCCCGCCGCCGCCGCCGCCGGCCGCCGCCUCCUACGGCCCGCUGGCCCCGCACGCCGCCUUCAUCAAGCAGGAGCCGGCCUGGAGCGCCUCGGAGCCCCACGAGGAGCAGUGCCUCAGCGCCUUCACCGUCCACUUCUCGGGCCAGUUCACCGGCACCGCCGGCGCCUGCCGCUACGGGCCCUUCGCCGCCCCCCCGCCGCCCCCGCCCCCCCCGCCCGGCCAGCCGCCCCCCCCGGGCCAGGCGCGCCUCUUCCCCAGCGGGCCCUACCUGCCCAGCUGCCUGGAGAGCCAGCAAGCCAUCCGCAACCAAGGUUACGGCACAGUGGCGUUUGAUGGAACUCCAAGUUAUGGCCACACUCCCUCUCACCACGCAGCACAGUUUACAAACCAUUCCUUUAAACACGAGGACCCCAUCGCCCAACAGACAUCUCUAGGUGACCAGCAGUAUUCGGUGCCUCCCCCAGUCUAUGGCUGCCACACUCCCACGGACAGCCAGGCCUUACUCCUGAGGAGCCCGUACAACAGUGACAAUUUAUAUCAAAUGACCUCACAGCUUGAAUGCAUGACAUGGAAUCAAAUGAACUUGGGAUCUACACUUAAGGGCCAUGCAGCAGGAUAUGAAAGCGAUAGCCAUGCAGGUCCUAUGUUAUACAGCUGUGGGGCUCAAUAUAGAAUACAUACCCAUGGAGUCUUUAGAGGAAUACAAGAUAUGCGGAGAGUGCCUGGAGUAGCUCCUACAAUUGUUAGAUCUGCAAGUGAAACAAAUGAGAAAAGGCCCUUCAUGUGUACAUACCCUGGCUGUAACAAGCGAUACUUUAAAUUGUCUCAUCUGCAUAUGCACAGUAGAAAACACACUGGUGAGAAACCAUACCAGUGUGACUUUAAGGAUUGUGAACGAAGGUUUUCUCGUUCAGAUCAACUCAAACGACACCAAAGACGACACACAGGUGUGAAACCCUUCCAGUGUAAAACCUGCCAGAGAAAGUUCUCCAGAUCUGAUCACCUGAAGACUCACACCAGGACUCAUACAGGUAAAACAAGUGAAAAGCCCUUCAGUUGCCGGUGGCCCAGCUGUCAAAAAAAAUUUGCCCGGUCUGAUGAAUUGGUUCGUCAUCAUAAUAUGCACAACAGGAACAUGACUAAACUUCAACUUACCCUUUAAAUGUUUCACACUAUAUGUACAAAGCAGAUGGGACUCUAUGAACUACUGCAAACAUUUCAACCAUUGUCUUUCAACUUCUUAGGAAAUCUUCUGGCGUCUUCAUAAUGCAGUUGAGACAAGUUAACUAAAUUGCGGGAUU